AUGGUGCCGCUACCGCACGCAUCCACCAUUCCUGCGCUUGCGCCUGCCACUCCCACACCUGCAGCCCUAGCAUGGCCCUCCCUUCUGCCCGCCAUCUCCUCCGGGUUUCGGCGGCCCCGUCGCCCGCCCUUCCGCGGCCCCGACACCGCCCUUCCGCGGCCCCGUCGCCGCCCUCCAGCGGCCUCGUCACCGCCCUUCAGCGGCCCCGUCGCCGCCCUUUCAACGGCCCCGUCGCCGCCCGCCCUUUCAGCGGCCCCGUCGCCGCCCUUCCACGGCCCCGUCGCCGCCCUUCCACGGCCUCGCCGCCCGCCCUUACAGCGGCCCCGUCGCCCGCCCUUCCGCGGCCCCGACGCCGCCCUUCCGCGGCCCCGUUGCCGCCCUUUCAGCGGCCCCGUCGCCGCCCGCCCUUCCAGCCGCCCGUCGCUGCCCUUUCAGCGGCCUCGUCGCCACCCUUCCACGGCCCUGUCGCCGCUCAGCAACCCAGCGCCCGAGCCGCCGAGCAGCCCAGUCACCGAGCAGCCGAGCCGCCGAGCAGCCGAGCCGCCCGACCGCCGAGCCGCCCAGCAGCCGAGCCGCCGAGCAGGCGAGCCGCCCGACCGCCGAGCCACCCAGCAGCCGAGCCGCCGAGCCGCCCGACCGCCCCACUUGCCUGGUAAGAGCAGCGUCUCUGCCACCGCACUGCCCUCACCCACUGUACUCACUGCUUGUCUACUGCUGCCAUGGCCUCCCCUAGUGUUCUCACAUUUGACGCUGAGGGUCGGGCAGUUGACUUUGAGUACCUCUCCUGCCCCUGCUGCUGAUGCUGACGCCACUGUUCGCUCACAGUGGGCCACGCGUGAUGCUGCUGCUCGCCUUGCUGUGCGCCGCCACCUACCAACCACUGAGCGUGCACACUUUAGCCAGUACAAGAGUGCUCAGACCUUGUACGACGCUGCAGCUGCACGCUACUCUUCCCCUGCCACUACAGCACUGAGCCGCCUCAUGCUACCGGACCUCUUCCCUGACCUUGCUGCCUUUCCCACAGUCGCUGACCUCAUUACGCACCUCCGCACUAGUGACACUCGCUACCGCGCUGCGCUUCCUGCUGAGUUCUGCGCCAAGAACCCCCACCCCAUGUACAUCACCCUCUACUACACAGUCACCCGGCUCCCUGACUCUCUCCGCGUAGUCAGGGACCAGUUCCUCUCAGUUUGUCCCACCACUCUCGCCGUUGACCUCCUCGAGAAGGCCCUCCUAGCGGCAGAGAAGAGCAUAGUCGCUGUAGGAGCCUCUCGUGGUGACCCUCGCACCCCCGUCUUUGAGGGGUGUUCUCCCUCCCCCCUCUUGCCCUCUGUUGCCUCUGCUGCUGCGGCCGACCUCGUUGGCUUCGAGUCCGUCGGCGCUGCAUCUGCCUCGAGCGGGAAACGCCGCACCGGCAAGGGCAAAGGGGGCAAGGGCGCUGGAGGGGCUAGAGGGGGCGGUGGAGUGGAGGCGGCGGAGGCGGUGGUGGUGGCGGAGGGAGCGGAGGCGGCGGAGGGAGCGGAGGCGGCAGAGGUGGCGGAGGAGGCGGAGGUGGAGGAGGCGGCGGUGGCGGCGGCGGUGGUGGAGCGGGUCGCGACUCUGCGCAGAGGAGUGGCUCAGGUGGUGGUCCGUGCUAUGUAA